CUUCAGUUCCACCCUUUCGCCAGUUGAGUUUCAUUACCAGCUUCUGCACCACACAGGGCAGACGGGAAUACAAACACAAGCAAAAGCUGGCAGGCUGACACGAUCGGACAGCUUUACAGGACGGAUUAUCUGGUAACUGACCAUUUAGCUGUGGCACACUCGGACUCCGUGUAAACGUGGGAUUUCGACCAUGAGCUCAGUCGCUGUACUUACGCAGGAAAGCUUUAAUGAGCACCGCAGUGGUCUCCUGCCAGAGCAGGUUGCAGGGCCAAGCGGUGCUGGAGAUGAGGACCUCCCCACCUACAAGGAUGCCUUUCCCCCUCUGCCUGAGAAGGCCUCAUCUCCCGAGGGGACCCAGGAGGCUGGGAAUGCCUGGACAUCCAAGAUCCGGCCUCUCAAGUCCUCUGUCAUCACCCAGGUUUUCCAUGUGCCUUUGGAAGAGCGAAAGUACAAGGACAUCAAUCAGUUUGGUGAAGGGGACCAGGCCAAGGUGUGCGUUGACAUCAUGCACAAAACCGGAGCCCACCUGGAACUCUCCAUGGCUAAGGACCAGGGUCUCUCCAUCAUGGUGUCUGGGAAACCAGACGCCGUCAUGAAGGCCCGCAAGGAGAUUGUGUCCCGACUGCAGACUCAGGCUUCAGCUACUGUGGCCAUCCCCAAGGAACAUCACCGCUUUGUCAUCGGCAAGAACGGGGAGAAGCUGCAGGAGCUUGAGCUGAAGACUGCCACCAAGAUCCAGAUCCCAAGACCCGACGACCCCAGCAACCACAUCAAGAUCUCCGGAACCAAGGAAGGCCUGGAAAAGGCCAAGCAUGAGAUCCUGCUCAUCUCUGCUGAGCAGGAUAAGCGUGCUGUUGAGAGGGUGAACAUCGACAAGGUGUACCACCCCUUCAUCACAGGGGCCUACAACAAGUUGGUGGGCGACAUGAUGCAGGAGACAGGAGCCCGCAUCAAUGUCCCCCCUCCCAGUGUCAACAAAACUGAGAUCGUCAUCACCGGGGAGAAAGAGCAGGUGGCCCUUGCUGUGACUUUGAUCAAGAAGGUUUAUGAGGAGAAGAAGAAGAAUGCCACCACUAUUGCGGUGGAGGUGAAGAAAUCUCAGCAUAAGUAUGUGAUCGGGCCCAAAGGCAACACCCUGCAGGAGAUCCUGGAGAAGACUGGCGUCUCGGUCGAGAUCCCACCCACCGACAGCAGCUCAGAGACUGUGAUCCUGCGCGGGGAGCCGGACCGCCUGGGCCAGGCCCUCACUGAGGUUUACGCCAAGGCCAACAGCUACACUGUGUCCUCAGUCUCAGCUCCCUCUUGGCUUCAUCGCUUCAUCAUUGGCAAGAAGGGGCAGAAUCUGGCCAAGAUCACUCAGCAAUGGCCCAAGGUGCACAUCGAGUUCACCGAGGGGGAGGACAAGAUCACCCUGGAGGGCCCCACCAAAGACAUGCAGAUGGUGCAGAGCCAGAUCGAGGCCAUUGUUUUAGAUCUGGUUAGCAGAAUGGAUUACACCGAGAUCAGUGUGGACCCCAAGUUCCACAGACACCUGAUUGGGAAGGGAGGUGCAAACAUCAACCGCAUUAAGGAACUGCACAAGGUGUCUGUUCGCAUUCCCCCGGACAACGAGAAGAGCAACCUGAUCCGCAUUGAAGGCGAUCCCCAGGGUGUGCAGGAGGCCAAGAAGGAGUUGCUUGAGCUUGCGUCGCGCAUGGAGAACGAGCGUACAAAGGACAUGAUCAUCGAACAGCGUUUUCACCGAGCCAUCAUUGGGCAGAAAGGGGAGAAUAUCAAGGAAGUGAGGGACAAGUUCCCUGAGGUCAUCAUUAACUUCCCUGACCCUGCGCAGAAGAGUGACAUCGUUCAGCUGCGUGGCCCUCGUACUGAAGUGGAGAAAUGCACCAAAUUCAUGCAGAAGAUGGUGGCUGAAAUGGUGGAGAACAGCUUCUCUGUCUCAGUCCCAAUCUUUAAGCAAUUCCACAAGAACAUUAUUGGGAAAGGAGGAGCAAAUAUCAAGAAGAUUCGUGAGGAAACUAACACGAAAAUCGACCUGCCUGCAGAGAACAGCAACUCUGAAAUGAUCAUCAUUACAGGCAAGAAGGCGAACUGUGAGGCAGCAAGGACCAGAAUUUUGGCUAUUCAGAAAGAAUUGGCAAACAUCACAGAGGUGGAGGUGUCCAUCCCAUCCAAGCUGCACAACUCCCUGAUUGGCUCCAAGGGACGCUUUGUGCGUUCCAUCAUGGAGGAGUGCGGUGGCGUGCACAUCCACUUCCCCACCGAGGGCUCUGGCAUCGACGCAGUGACAAUCAGGGGCCCCGCAGAGGAAGUUGACAAGGCCAAACGUCAGCUGCUCUCCCUGGCUGAGGAAAAGCAAAUAAAAAGCCACACCGCUGAGCUGCGGGCCAAGCCUGAGUACCACAAGUUCCUCAUUGGAAAGGGCGGCGCCAACAUCAGGAAGGUGCGUGACAGCACCGGGGCCAGGAUCAUCUUCCCCACCGCCGACGAUAAAGACCAGGAGCUGAUCACCGUGGUGGGCACCGAGGAGGCCGUGCGCGAGGCCCAGAAGGAGUUGGAGGCCCUCAUCAAGAGCCUGGAUAACGUGGUGGAGGACCACAUGCUGGUUGACCCCAAGCACCACCGCUACUUCGUGACCCGGCGCGGUCAGGUCCUGCGGGACAUCGCUGAGGAGUACGGCGGUGUGAUGGUGAGCUUCCCUCGCACCGCUACGCAGAGCGACAAGGUCACCUUGAAGGGAGCCAAAGACUGCGUGGAGGCUGCCAAGAAACGCAUGCUGGAGAUCGUUGAGGACCUGGAUGCUCAGGUGACAAUGGAGUGUGUGAUUGCCCAGAGGUUCCACCGCUCCAUCAUGGGUCCAAAGGGCUCUCGGAUCCAGGCAAUCACCAGAGAGCACAAUGUGCAGAUCAAGUUCCCUGAGAGAGAGGACCAACAACAACAACAACAACAGCAACAACAACAACAACAACAGCAACAGCAGCAGCAACAAGCUGCCCCUCCUGCUGAGGCUCCUGCUGAGGCUCCUGUGCAGGAGAAUGGAGAGGCCAAUGGAGAGGUGAAAGAACCCGUCGACCCCGCGGCCCCUAAGAAGUGUGAUGUCAUUGUCCUCUCUGGCCGUAAGGAGAGGUGUGAAGCUGCGGUGGAGGCCCUGAAGGCUUUGGUUCCUGUGACCAUUGAGGUGGAAGUGCCUUUUGAGCUUCACCGUUACAUCAUUGGGCAGAAAGGAAGCGGAAUUCGCAAGAUGAUGGAUGAAUUUGAGGUCAAUAUCCAAGUGCCUGCUCCUGACCUGCAGUCUGACAUUAUUUCCAUCACUGGUCUGGCCAAUCACCUUGACCGCGCCAAAGAAGGCCUGCUGGAGCGUGUCAAGGAAUUGCAGGCCGAGCAGGAGGACCGGGCUCUAAGGAGCUUUAAGUUGACCAUCACUGUGGAACCCAAGUAUCACCCCAAGAUUAUCGGACGCAAGGGUGCCAUCAUUACCCAGAUCCGCACCGAGCAUGAUGUCAACAUCCAAUUCCCUGAGAAGAAUGAUGAGAACCAGGAUCAAAUCACCAUUACUGGGUAUGAGCAGAAUGCCAUUGCAGCACGGGAUGCCAUCCAAGGCAUUGUGGAUGAGCUGGAGGAGAUGAUCUCCGAGGACAUCACUCUCGACAGCAGAGUCCAUGCCCGUAUCAUCGGGGCCCGUGGCAAGGGCAUUCGCAAGAUCAUGGAUGAAUUUAAGGUUGAUCUGAGAUUCCCCCAGAGUGGAGCUGCAGACCCGAACCUUGUGACAGUAACCGGUCGUCCUGAGAUGGUGGAUGAAGCCAUUGACCACCUCCUGAACCUGGAAGAAGAAUACUUGGCUGAUGUAGUGGAGAACGAGUCCAGGAUGGCAUAUAUGAAGCCUCCUGGCGCAGCCUCCUCUUCAGAUGAACCCAGAGGAGGAGGAGGAGGAGGGGGAGAAAGAGGAGGAGGAGGAGGAGGUGCCGCUUCUAAGGGCUUUGUGGUGAGGGAGGCUCCUUGGACCAGCUCCAGUGAUAAGGCCCCAGACAUGAGCAGCUCUGAGGACUUCCCCAGUUUCGGAGCUCCUACAGGACCCCCCAAGCCCUCCCCAUGGGGACCCAAACGAUUCUGAACACGGUGACCGGUGGACUGGCUUUUCAAACUCCUCUUGAUGCCCCCCCCUUUCCUCCCUACCCCUUGCUCUGAUGAAGACUGAUCCCUGACACUGACUCCCCACCCCCAACCCACCCACCCAGCCCCCUCCCAAUACCCCUCAUCCUCCCUUUGGUUUAUGCUGUAAACAAACUACAGUUUGAUGGGCUCUUUUGUCCAUCAUCGCCUUUACAACCCAACAAACUUUCAGUGGUUUUAACAUUGUGUGAUGCAGUAGCGUGAGGAAUUGGAUGGGAAUGGCCCAAAACUAGUGUGAACAGAAUGUCUCUUUGAAACUUGAUAAAUGGUUCAUACUUUUCAUUUGGUCCACUCUACUUGGUCUGCAGUUAACUCCCCACAUUGCUUGAAGCUGCUCUGAACAUUUCUUUCUUUACCUCGGCUGAGCACGUUUUAGGGAAGGAAUCAUAAAUUGGUGGGAAAUGGACAAAACGCAAACAAACUGAAAAAGACCCUAAACAAGACAUUGAUGACUUGCAUACUAUUUUGGGCCUUUUAUAUAUAUAAAACUGUUGGCCAGUUAGCCUGUGAAAAGAUUAUGAAAGGGUUGUUGGGCUGACUAAGCUGCUCUGUUCUUAGUUGCCUUUGUAGUGGGUGUUUGGGGAGGAGACAAACUCAAUUACCUCUAGUGGAAGACACCUCUGAUCACAAGUUGGGUAGCCUUCGGUAGAAUGGCUAUCCUUCCUUUGAUCGACUCUUACCCCUGCGCACCUCUUCCCUCCACCCCUUCCCAGUUGUAGUUUGUGUGUGUGUGUGUGUGUGUGUGUGUGUGUGUGUGAUCGUGCUCUGAUGUACACACGUUUCUGUGGUCUUCCUUCCCCUCUUGUGCUCCAAUUUUACAUGUCCCGGUGCUUUUGUCAAUAUGAUCGUUGGCCGUAUUCAUGCAGCCUUAGGGGGGAGGGGUGGGGGAGAAUCUAACAAACUUUUUACAAGAACGGUCGUUCACUACAGAGUGCUACAUGUUGAAACUGCCACAUACUUUGGAAGGCCAUUGGGAUCUGUAGACCCUGCCGCUAGACACUAGACCCUGUGACCCCAAAGUUUUCCCUGUCCCACACUAAACUGUUGGAAGUUUUCCUAUAUCCAUUUACUUUUAUAUUUACAUUGCUGAAUCAUGUUGAUGGAAAGAAAAUGAAAACUUCUGGUGAAGAAGAUGAAGAGAAGUAAACCAUUUAGUGCCAAUGAAUUGUUAAGUAUUGUCGUGUUCUCAUCCUCGCUACUGGGUCAGUGUCCAGUCCCUUUUUGUCUUCCAGUUGCUAUGCAGAUCGUUCUGGAACCAUAGCAACGGCCCUCUUUAAUAGCCUUAUAAUAAGAAUUAUGCAAAAACCAUACCAGAAAAGUGAGACUAUCAUGGAUAACACUGGAAAUGAAAUUGUCCAAAAAAAAGUCAAUAAAAAAGGAAAACUGAAAAGCC